GAUCAUAUGGUUCAAGGGAAGUCAAGAGAACUGUGCGGAAGAGACUUUUGCUUGCAAUAAAUUCAAUAAUUAAUCGUCAUCUUUAUUCUUUCAGUAUUUGUUAUUCUCAGACGGUCUAUGGUUAUUCCGCAUUGAAGAUGAAUAGUGUUGGAGAGGGCUGCACUGACCUAAAACGGGAAUAUGACCAGUGCUUUAACCGUUGGUUUGCUGAGAAAUUCUUGAAGGGAGAUCGAAGCGGUGAUCCCUGUACCGAAAUGUUCAAGAAAUAUCAGCAUUGUGUCCAGAAGGCCAUAAAAGAAAAGGACAUUCCCAUUGAUGGCGUAGAAUUCAUGGGCCCAAAUAAAGAGAAAGGUGACCGAUGAGAUGGAUCACCCCAACAACGUUGCCUUAUGACUCACUGGCAUCGCUUACUGGGCAUGCAAUGGAACAUGAACAGCGUGUCCACCAAUUUAGCUUGAAAGGGGUUUUGAGGUCGCUGUCCUCGUGUGGAGACUAAAGAGCAUUCAUAUGAAGGAUCCAAAGUGCUGAAUGACAAUUGGGAUUGGAUUUUGGCUAUUGAUUAAAAGGAACCUAUGAAUCCAGACAUUUGGGUCUGACCAAUAAACAUCCAUGGUCACAAGAUGGAUAUGUGGUGGGCACUUCAGAUGAUCAUUGUAAAAUGAUUAUGAUGCUUUGCAAAGGGAGUUUUAUUGAACUUUUUUAAAUUCUGGAAUUGUCAAUGUCUAUUAGUGUCCUGGCAUAAUGUCCCUCAAGACAACUGAAGAGGACAUCAAUGUGGAUGCAUUGGACUUGGUUAAUACUGUACAAGAGUAGAAGUUGUGGGUCUCUUUGCUCAAAGUAUUAUUUUUUUUUACUGGAAUGUGUUUAGUUCAGUGAUGCAAUGUAAUGUGAUUAACAUAUACAUUGGCAAAGCAAUAAAUAGAAUAAUCAUG